AUGGAGUUAUUGGGAGCGAAUACCCAUAUCUGGAACGACUUCUGCCAAUCUUCAAUUCAACUUCUUUGUUAUCACCCGUUGUUUCCAAAGGCACCAGACGUGAAAACCGUUGUAAACUCAUUGGAUAUUUCAAGAUAUGAAAGUGAUUAUGCUCAGAGAAUUUUUGGGUUUCUACACCCGCCGAAAACAGGAUAUUAUAAAUUUGCUUUAGCUUCCGAUGACUUCUCUGAACUGUGGCUCAGCUCAAACGAAUACCCAGAAAAUGCUGUUUUGAUUUGUAGCCUGAGUGAAUGGACCACCAGAAACAAUUUUCAGCUUUCGCCCACACAAGUUUCCAUCGAAAUAAAGUUGUUAAUGGGUCACAAAUAUUUCAUAGAAAUUCUUCAUCUUCAAAUGGGAGGAGAUGAUUUUGUUCGAGUCGCAUGGAGCCUGCCUGGAAUGAAAAGAGAUAAAUUUGAGACGAUUCCCGCCGAUAACCUUUCUCUAUUCAUUGACAACAGUGUAACGGAAAAUAACUACAACUCUGUUCCAGAAAGUCCCGCUUGUAAAUCAAGGCACAGUCAUUUUCAAAGCUUAGAAACGAACACCAAAUCCAGACCUGUGUACCUUUUUCACGACGAAGUUGCCAACGUAUUGCCUCAUUGCGCUUAUGAACCAAGUUAUCUAACCAUGAAAGAAGCACCCAGAGGCCCGAAAAGGGGUUACGACUUCCUAAACGGUUACUUUAUUCCCAUAAAGAGUUACCCAGAUGUUGAGUAUAAAAGCGUGGUGGAAUAUUAUCCAGAAUUAGCGAAUCAUAGUUUGGAUAUGAUGAUCGCAAAAAAAGCUGCAAAGAAGUAUGUGGAUGCUCUACAUGAACACCACCCAGGAAAGUUCAAGGUCGUGAAACUCGUUAACGUGGAAAGAAAAGUCGAUCCGAAGUUGGGAAGUCGAUUCUUUCUUGAGUUCCUAAUAAAUGUCACGGGAAAAAACGAACUGGUCAUGCUUUCAGAAUCUGUCUUUUGGCCCAAAGGCUCCGACAACUUGUGUUAUCCCAAGGGAUUCCAGUGGAAUAGAAAUGCAAAAAUCGCCUUGAUUAUCACCCUCAAAAACCAGGGACGGUGGAUGGUACACUUCCUAAACAACUUAGAAGAAAUAUACAGUGCUUCAAAGGACAACAAAGUGAGUCUAGUGAUAUACGAUUAUAAAAGCUCCGACAUGAAUCUGGAACAGGAGCUGGCGAAAAGGAAACUUCCUCCCACUAAAGUCAUCGUUCACGAAGCAAAGCACUAUUCUCGUACCAAAUCCUUCAACAGGGCUGUGGAACAAGUUCAGGAUCCGAAAACCAUCGUGUUCACUCUUGAUCUUCACUUGGACUUACCUUCCACAAUCUUUGACGACAUCCGUAAACAUUGCUUUGAAGGUCGUUCUGUCUACACUCCCGUUAUCAUCCGCUUGGGUUGUGGGAAAACUCCAGAAACCCCAGAAGGAAAAUGGGAACCAUUGGGCUUUGGAUUGGUUGGUGUUUAUAAGAGUGAUUGGGACAAAGUUGGUGGUCUUAAUGAAAAAGCGUUUGACGAGAAAUGGGGCGGAGAGGACUGGGACUUCAUGGAAAGAAUCGUUUAUUCUGGAAUGGAAUAUGAUCGACUGCGACAUCCAAAUAUUUUUCAUUAUUUUCAUAGUAAAAAGGGCAUGUGGGAUGAUGAAUAA